ACUCACGAGUCACAGCAGUAAAGAUCUACAAUUAAUAUAUUCUAAUCUAAACAGUAAGCACCUUCCUCUUUCACCCAACUUCCUUUAACCUUUCUCUGCUUAUUCUAUAUAAAAACCUCUCUUUCCAUAAACUAAAAAUGGAAACUCUUCUUUACUGCAUCAUCUUCAUCUCACAUCAUCUUUGAAAAACCCUAGCUAGGUGAAAAGAAUGGGAAGAGGGAAGAUUGUGAUAAGAAGGAUCGAGAACUGUACAAGCAGGCAAGUGACUUUCUCAAAGAGGAGAAAAGGUUUGAUCAAGAAAGCCAAAGAGUUGGCGAUCCUUUGUGAUGCACAAGUUGGACUUGUUAUAUUCUCAGCUACUGGAAAGCUUUAUGAAUAUGCAAACACCAGCAUGAAAUCAGUGAUUGAGAGAUAUAACAGUUUCAAGGAAGACCAACAAGUGACAUAUCCAGAAUCUGAAGUCAAGUUUUGGCAAAGGGAGUCUGACAUUUUAAGGCAGCAACUACAGACUCUACAAGAAAACCAUCGGCAAUUGAUGGGAGAACAGCUUUACGGUUUGAGCAUCAGAAACCUUCAAGAUCUAGAGAGACAACUCGAACUUAGUCUCCAAGGAGUCCGAAUGAAAAAGGAGAAAAUUCUGACAGACGAAAUUCAUGAUCUGAACCAAAAGGGAAACCUAAUCCAUCAAGAAAAUGUGGAACUCUAUAAGAAGGUAAACCUUAGCCAACAAGAAAACACACAACUGCACAAAAAGGUGUAUGGCACAACAGAUACGGCCACAACCGCAACAAGCAAAAAUCCGUUUGUUCAAUUUCCAUUUGGUGUUGGCGGAGGAGGAGAAUAUGCACAAACAUUAUUUCAACUUCAGUUAUGCCAGCCUGAGCACGAGCAGUACUGCGAAACCUCUGGCAGUGCAAGUGCAACUAAAUGAAAGACUUUCUUAAGUUUAAUGAGAUGUUAUUAAUACAUUUGGAAAAGAAUGACACAAUUAACAUUGUUAUGUUAGGAUGGUGUAACAUAAUAAUCACAUUCAAUAAAAUAA